GUUCUGGCCUCACAACAGCUUGUGAGCGUGUCUUCUUCGUUGAGGUUUAACAGUGGUUGGCAUCAAUACAUGUUGCAUUACUGCCACCUACUAGACUGGAGUACAACUCCCUUAUACUUUGCUUGAAAAAAAAUAAAAAAUAACCUACCAUCUAACACAACGCUCACAAAAAAUAACACCACCCUUUAAAUCUAUUUAGUCCUACCUCAGGCCAACAACCUGAAAUAAUGGAACUACCACUUAACACUCUUCUGAUGUCUCGCACACUCAUACCUCUGCAGCUGCCACCACAACCUCUGUACUGGUACAGAUCUACUACUCACACCACUCCUCUCAGAAUCCCUACCCCUUGACCCAUCUUCCUCUACUUUCUUCACUGCCUCAGCGUAUGACAACUUCUGCACUACUGUAACCCUGAAACGUCAACCUGGCUCUCUUGCAUGGGACAUUUCUGAUCCCCAGCCACAUGGGCACCCCUACAAUUAACACAUACCACUACUUUCCUCAAUGUUACACAUUCCUUUGUCUCAUGCCCUUUGCACACUUCUCACACAUAGGAACCUCCCUCCUACACACUGCUGCCACAUGCCCAUAAGCUUGACACCUGUAACAAUGUGAUGUAUUUGGCACAAAAGCUUGUACAGGAUAUAUCCUAAAAUCAAUUUGUCGGGCAACGACUCAACAUCAAAACUCAAAAGAACAGACAAUGACUUCUGUUUCACCACUCACGCCACACAAUCUGUGUUGCAUCAAACACCGGGAAUCUUCCCCUUCAGUUAGUCAACUUUUACAUUUACUGCUACCCCAGUAAUCACUCCUUUCACAUUUCUUGACCCCAUUCGUUUAACGCAGAGCACCUUCUCCCUCUGACCAGCAGAAACACAAAUUAUCACAAGACCACUUCUGGUUACCCUCACCAAUGAUUCCACAGCACCCAACUCUGUUUUCACCCACCCUGAAACCACAAAUGGAUCAGCCAAAAGGCAAGGGUCCAGUUUUUCCAAAAGCUUCACUCCUGUCACAGACUCAUCUUUAUCCUGACCCUCGGUGCAAGCCUCGGGCUCCGAGAACUUCACCACACCUACCACCUCUGAUACUUCAACCUCAUUCGCUUCCAUUUCUCCUUCUGUCUUCAGCUCACUCUGUUUUACACUUUCUACCAUUCUUCUUUAAAAAACCAUAUCCUUUUUUUCUGCCAUUUUUAACCGACUCAAGCUCAAGCUCACCCUCUUCCUCCCCCUCUCUCUCUUAGACCUCCUCAGCCUAUUUUUCCCUCCUCUGUAUUCCAAGUAUAUGUCGCCUUAUGAUAAUACUGCACUUCUCCUGCCACACAUCUUGUUCUUGCCUUCUCAAGGGAUGCCGUUUAAAAGUCUGUCACAAUCUCCGUACAGUCAGCACGAACCCCGCGGGAUGUAGCGCUCAACAGUGCAUCCCACUUAUCGAUUCAUAAAAUAAAGCGUACGGCUCCUUUAAAAGCUUUGGAACGGUUGUCACUAGUUACCCAAGCUACAAAGUCAUAAACCCCGCCUACUUCUACAAUAUAUCUAAUUAAAAAGUUAUUUUAAUCGUGAAUUUAACCACACUGCAAACCUAAUGCCUAACCUUAAAUUAAGACCAAAAAGCUCUUCUUUUUUUUGUUCCAUUAAUUGUUACGAUAUAGUACAUUUUGACUUCGGAAACCUUACAGCAGCGUAUAGUUGCGUCUCCAGGACGACAAACAAUUACAAAACGAGCCGAUAUGCUUGUUUGUAUCCAGCAAUCAACACCUGUCGCCGAUAUCCUUGAACCGGACUGUUUCAGAACUUUCAAAAAAGACCAUCGAAUUUCGACUUGUGGCUGACCGUUACAUUGUAAUUACCAAAAAGGAAUGAAAAACAUUGCAUAAGAGUUAACUAUCUAAACAAAUAAUUAGGAUGAACGUCACGGAAGUGGAGGAUCAUAUUUCCAUGAAAUAUGAAAUAAAGAAAAGACUUGGCAAGGGGGCAUAUGGGAUUGUAUGGAAGGCUGUGGACAGACAGACAGGAGAAGUUGUGGCUGUAAAGAAAAUAUUUGAUGCCUUCAGGAAUAGGACUGAUGCCCAGAGGACAUUCAGAGAAAUAAUGUUUCUUCAGGAGUUUGGAGAUCAUGCCAACAUCGUCAAACUGCUGAAUGUCAUCAGAGCUCAAAAUGACAAAGAUAUUUACCUGGUCUUUGAAUACAUGGACACCGACCUGCAUGCGGUGAUAAAGAAAGGCAACCUGCUGAAAGACAUCCAUAAACGCUAUGUCAUGCAUCAACUCCUUAAGGCCACCAAAUACCUGCACUCAGGCAAUGUCAUCCACAGAGACCAGAAGCCUUCCAAUAUUCUACUUGACGCGGAUUGCUUUGUGAAACUUUGUGACUUCGGUUUAGCGAGGUCUCUCUGCCAGAUCCAGGAGGAUGCUGGGAACCCGGCGCUGACCGAGUAUGUGGCGACGCGGUGGUACAGAGCUCCUGAGAUCCUGCUGGGCUCCACAAGAUACACAAAGGGGGUCGACAUGUGGAGUAUAGGCUGUAUCCUAGGAGAGAUGCUACUUGGGCAGCCCCUUUUCCCUGGAACUUCCACCAUCAACCAGAUAGAGAAAAUCAUGAGUGCAAUUCCACACCCUAGCCCAGAGGACAUACUUUCGAUCAGAUCUGAGUAUGGUGCCUCUGUGAUUCAGAGGAUGCUACUGAAGCCCCAGGUGCCUCUAGAGGAUCUUCUGCAAUCGUCGGUGCCCCCGGAUGCCCUAGACCUGGUGCGUCGCCUGCUGGUGUUCAACCCAGACAAGAGGCUGAGCGCUGAGCAGGCCCUGCAGCACCUCUACGUCUCCAGAUUCCACAACCCAGCCAAGGAGCCAGGUCUGGACUCUGAUGUGAUCCUGCCUGUGGAUGAUGAUGUCCAGUUGUCGGUGGUUCAGUACCGUAAUAAACUGUAUGAGAUGAUUCUAGAGAAGAGGACCACAAGGAGAAUACCACGUCAUGUAAUGCCGAGGAAGAAAGAGGAGCCUGUCUCUAGGUCAGGGUCUGGGUGUGACAGUGGAGACCAUGGGAGGGAAAGGCCCACUGGGAAGGACAAAGGAGGGCUGGAGCCAGUGUCUGGUGCUGGUGGAGGGGACCUUAGGGUUAAAUCCCCUCAUGAUAAGACAGAACACCAGGCUGCUCAUCCAGUUAUCACCGUACCUACCCCAGUACCUGUGUCCACCCAGCCGUCCCUGGAGAGGACCAGCCCUGCAGCUAGCCCCGUCAUGGGAAAGACUACAUAUAAUCCCAUCACACACGUUGCCAAUGGUUUUGUUCGAAAUCUGGCUGGACCACCUCACUAUUUUCGCUCCGGUACUGCCAGCAGGGAACUGGAGGGACAGACUAGUAAUGAAAAUGUAACUGUACCGCCAGCAGAGGGCGCUAUUCGCAACACUGUUUCUAUGGAGCAGAUUCUGCAGCACGGUCGCUCAGCCCCUGUCAGCCGUACCCGCUCCUUCUCCCUGACCCUCUCCCACCCUCAGAACAACCCACUGGUUCGCAGAGACGAGCCCUCUAUGUCCUCAGGGAUAUGUGUCACCUCUGCACGCCUGAACCAGCGGUCCCAGUCACGAGAGGCACGGCCCCCUCCUCCCAGGUUCAGUAAGAAGGUUUUCCAGUGUAACGCCAACAUGGAGGCUGCCGGGGAUCCCCGUGCCAAACUAGGCAGCUACCCUCAGGCUUACGGCACCAUCAACAAGACGGAACUGGACAACCUUAUGAGGAGUCGACACCAACAGUAACCACCACACUAUGCUGGAUGUAUGGGACACUGUCUGACAUCAGACAGGGAAAGAGACAAGGUGACGGAACAGGCUAGUGGAAAGUUGGGAGGAAAAUAUUAUUCCAAGACAUAAAAGUUCAGCAGCACAGAUUGAAGUAACCAUGGAGAUGGAAAUCCAUGGAGUAAAGUGGCAAUGAUUUAACACAGUCAAUUUAACCCCAUUUUCUUUAUGAAAUAAUGUCUUGUUGGGAAAUGGGGACUAUGGACCCUUAGUUUAAUGUAACUAAAUGUGCAAGUGUUUUACACCGAAAUGCUUUAUACUAGACUAGAGGGAACAAGACAUAGCAGUGUAAAUGUAUGUUAAUUUAGUCAUUCACUACUUUUGUAAAACGUAACAUUUGUAAUGUGUAUAAGUAAAUAACUAUUUUAGCCAUAAUUUCCUGGCAAGCAAAUUCAAUAUACUUUAUUGCAAAAUGGUGCUUCCAACACAGUAAAAUAAAUGUUGACAGUUGAUGUAUGAAAAGCAAACCUGUGGUUUCAUAUUAAAAAGAUGACCGCAA